AUGGCCACGACUACCACGGCACCUGAAGCUCCUAUUUCAGAUCCCUUGGCUUCCUUGGACAUGGGCUAUGGACAGUCCAAACAUGCAGCUGAGCGCCUACUCACAGCCGCAAUUAAAGUGUCCGGCAUUCCGGUAUCCAUCAUACGGGUCUGCCAGCUUGGUGGACCUUCUCCUGGGAAGCCUGGUAAGUGGACUGACCAAGCUUGGCUCUCUGCUCUGAUACGCACGGUGAGGACUACGAAAUGCAUUCCCGAGAACGUCACAGCAAUUAACUGGGUUCCUGUCGACGUUGCUGCUGAGAUGAUACGGGACCUCAUUACCCGCCCAGUUCAACAGGAGGCGCAAUUUUACCAUAUCUGUCAUCCUAGACCACAACGCUGGGAGCUACUCGUCGACAUCCUACGUGAGUUUCUCGGCGUCGCGGAUACAGUGCCCCUAAAGGAAUGGACUAAGAAGCUUAGGGACAUUGAGGACCCAAGCGUCGAAGAUAUUGCUAGAGUGCCUGCGCUGACUAUGCUAGACUUUCUCGAGGAACUGGGUGAUGGGACAGAAUCUGCAACAUAUGCAACAGACCAGGCUAUAAGGUACUCGAAAACUAGCAUACCCGCCCUGAACGGGGAAAUGCUACGAAACUGGGUUAGUAGUUGGAACCUAUGA